UGGCAUGGUAAUGAGUAACAGAAGCCAGGAGUUCUGUGAUUGGCUACCAGUCACACUACAAUUACAUCUUCACUGACUGUUGUGUUCUAUUAUUAUCGGACAGCACAUGUUCCAAGUCACUACUCACACUACAAGUUGGUGACAAGGGCUAAGACCUUGGACUAGGUUAUUACAGACCCUAAAUAGUCACUGUCCUACCGGUACAAAUGGAUAUAUUACCUCUGUUGCUGAUAUUAUUAUCAGCUAUAAUAUUAGAAUGUUUGGAUGUAGUUUGCUGUAAUACCACUUGGGAACAUCUUUCUUUACGCUAUGGAUUAUGGUAUAAACCACCCCGUACUCCAUCUGAGGCAUUACAACAAGGAUACACAAGAGUCAAUGAUAUCUGUAAAAUGGAUACGUACCAUGGCUUUAUGUAUGUACAAGAAGGUAAUGAUAAAUCAAGAGUUAUAUUUGAUUUAAAUGGUAAUUUAGCAGGAAUGCAGACAAUGAUUCCUGGCAAUCUCAAAGGUUUCAAUUCCAAAAAUGAAACAAUUCGUCUACCACCAAUUGGUAUCAUACCACCAAUAUUACUUGAUGUCGAAAGAGGUCCAAAAGGAAUGCAAAUGUACACUAUAACAGCUUAUUUCAAACAUCCGAAGUUGAUAUGCAGUCCAUAUGCUCCGAAUGUUAGCCCAGGUAGAGGCUUCUUUUUACAGACAGGCUACAAUGUUGAAGAACAUUAUGAACAAAUACCAUUAAGUGCUAGGCAUUUAAGUCCAGACUGGGUAGCACAUACCUGCAAUCCAAAAAUGGGCUUACACUAUUUCAAGAAAUUAACACCCAACAUGAAAUGUGAGGAUAUGUAUCCAGUAUUUCUGAUGUAUAAUUCAGAAGGACAGCUUGGGGCAUUUGGUUGGUCAUUUCAAGGAGCUCCCUCACCUUUCUUAGAAGAUGACCUGACAUGGUUUCGAAUAUCACCUCAGUAUUAUCCGUUUGUGUUUGAUACAUCACAGCUACCCUCCUGUAUGUACAAUAAAAAUUUUCAAGUGUUUGGCAUACAUGUAUGGCUACGUGAUCCAGAUACUAUGUUGUGUCCUGUUGUUAAGGUACCAAUGAGAGAUCGUGAAUAUCGAACCACCACCCGCUCUAUGACAACCACCACAGAGAGGAAAAUAGAUAGCAAUAUUAUCGUGGAUAAGAUAAUAAGAGACAGUUUUAGUAGUGGUCAUUCAAAUAAUUCUUUAAUACAUUUAAUACUAUUUAAUUCUCUAAUUGGUUUACUCUUUUGUUCAACCAGCGUUCAGAUGACAAUUGUAUGCUUUUGUGUGAGCUUAAUAAAUAGUUUCUUAUAGCUGUGUUAUCAUACUAUCUUGCACUGUAAAUAUUUAAUAAGUAGCAACAUAUAUCAUCAAGGAAGGGAAAAAAGCAAAAUGUGUAGAAUUAGUAUUUAGAAUACCCAAUUAUAGAUUCGUACCAAAAACAUACAGCACUGAGGCUAGAAUAUAAUUGUUAAUGAGCGGGUCAGGGGGGUAAAACCUUUGUAUUUUCUUCCUUGAUAUAUAUGUCAACUACCGGUACAUUUAAAACUUGGUGACCUUAUACUAACGUUUGCUUAGGCAGGCACGGUAUUGAAAAUCUGUUUAAAAUUGUAACUGAAAAUUAAAGUUUGUGCGAUGUGGCCACCGAGUUUUAAAUAUUUUUUUUUCAUUAACUAUGUGAUAAUUUGUUGGAACUUUUAAAUGCCUUAUAUUAAAUUAUUACACCUUGCAAGCUUUAAUCAGGAACCAAAAAUACUGACUGCACACCUUUUAUCUUGUAUAUUGAUAACAAAACAGAUUAAUACCAUUAAUAUAAAUUUACAUGUAUCUAUUUUAGUAAUAUCAAUUAACAUACACCUUGUAUAUUAAUAAUAAACAGAUUAAUACCAUUAAUAACAAUUUAUAUUUAUCUUUCCAAAUAUUGCAAAUCUAAAGAUAAUGUGAACAUUGUUAAAAAAUAAAGAAACGGGAGGCUUUCCAAGUAGUUGGACUAGCUCUCUCUCUCCCCCCCCCCCCAAAAAAAAAAUUCUGAUGUAAUUCAAUUUUACAAUUUCUAGGUAGCUAACAAACUAUUUUCCUGAAUCCCCUUUUACACAACAGUGGAUAAAUGGUAUUAUUUGGAUUAAUUAUUUAUAAUAUAUCUAAAGGUGUAAAGACUAAUUUUAAAUCAGACCGUCACAGAGACCCUAUUGCUUUAAAUUCCUUUAAACAGACUUCUUAUAUAAUUUGUAUUAGAUAAAUUGUACAAAAUAUAAUAAUUGAUAGUAAUGGUACUAAUCAGAGUGUCAUUGGUUCCAUCUCCAAAUAUAUUAGUGUUUGUCUUAAAAUCUCUUGUCAAAUUAUGUCAAAAACUCAUUAAAAUAUGAAAUUUGGUCAUUGUAGGUAUGAUGUAUAGAAUAAACUGGUUAUGGAACCAUACUGAAAGUGAUAGUAUAAGAACAUAACAUAUCAUUUUACAUGUAAAAUAUGAGUUCUACAUUGAGUAUAACAAUGUGUGGUUAAUACAAUUAUUGCCUUUCUACAUUGAUUAUAUAACACUGUAUGCAAGUAUGAAAUUUCUUUUCAUUAAUUUAUGAAUUUUUAUAAAUACAUGUCGACAGUCAUUGCACUUUUGUAAGCUUAAAUGUGAAUUUGUCAUGUUUGCUAUUUAAUGUAUAAUAUGUAAUCAAGAAAAGUAUAAUACUUUUUUUUCACUGAAGAUUAUAUAAGUCUAUACUGUUGAGUUCCAUAUUAAUAUCUAUAUAUACUAACCUUUUCUUAGAGUUAGUUUAGAAUCGAAUAGGAGCUAAUUUAUUACUUACUAGAUUAAUGUGCUACAUACAUGUACUUAUUACAUGAAAGACUUCAAUGUUUUUUUUUAUAUUAAUCUCUAGUUUGGAAAUUUAUAAUAGUACAUCUUAUUAUCUUUUUUCUAUUUCAUAAUUAUUUAUUCAUUUACCAUUAAAAAUGAGUAAUUGCCGCUGGGGUUUACAAUACCUUAAAACUAAAUUGCCAUACACGAAUGUAUGAAAUAUAUAUAUGUAUACUUUAAGUGCUUAUUGUGAUUAAGUCCAUAUUAUUGCAUUUGAAAAUAAAAAGUGCAAUUUUCAAGCAAGGUUAAUAAGACCUGUGCUUAAGAUAUUACUUAGGGAAAAUAUUUUUUGUUUUGUGUAAAUGCCUGUGAAAUAUAU